AUGUUUUGGCAAGUUCUUCUCGUGAUCGCUGUACCGCUUGUGCUGUGGUGGAGAUUUUCAAGGAAACGAACAGUCAUAUUGCAUGGAAAGGUCCAUCCGAGCUUCGAACAUGUUCGCGAGAAAUUCAGCGCUAUGAUACAACAAGACAACGAAGGCGCUGCGCUAGCAGUCCUCCACCGAGGAAAAGUUGUUGUUCAUUUGUUCGGAGGUUAUGCUAACAGAGAAAAGAACCAACCAUGGAGUGAGGACACAAUGGCAAUCGCCUACUCAACCACUAAGAUCUGGGCAGCCCUGACGUCAGCAAUUCUUGCCGGCCGAGGACUACUGCAUUACGAUGAGAAGGUGUCCACAUUUUGGCCUGAAUUCAGCAAAAAUGGCAAAGGGAACACCACCAUAAGAGAUAUUUUGGAUCAUCGUUUAUUUGUCGCCUAUCGACACGAAUGCGACGCCGGAGAAUUCAACUUGCGUACCAUCACACGUCGCAAGGAAGCCAUCACGACGGCUAAAGCAGGAAUUGAGAAAGCACUUACGACACUUAAAUCACGCUACCAGUCCGUGCUGUUCUACGUUCAGACUCAUAAAGAUCACGAGGAAAUGAAUGCCGAUAUCGAUCAAUUCUGGACAGAGCAGCAAGGAGACAGGAUUAUCGACGAAGCACAGAAUAAGAUCACGGCCCUCGACACUGAACUACUUAUGGACCAGAACAUCCAGACUUCACUUUUAUCGCAGCUCAACAAGGAGAUGAUUGCGUCUACAGCUACUCUGGCUGUUGCAGAAUCACCACGUCCCACAAGUGAUUCGUUACCGCAUGAAGGACAGGACUCUCCUCGACACGUACCAUCUGCGACUCCAUCGAACGAUGCAGAUGUGUCUAUGUUGCAACCGGUUCAACUUCGUCGUGUAGAGCUACCCACGUUUGACGGAGACGUUGCACAAUUUAACGACUUCUGGUGCAGGUUCCGAACGGCUGUUCACGACAACGAUGCUCUUUCGGUGGCUACGAAAUUCAUCUAUUUGACGAACUCGCUCAAAGGAAGCGCUGCGUUGAUAAUUCAAGGAUACGAUCCCUCGAAAUCCGACAAUUAUCAUUUGGCCAUCCAAGCGCUCAGGAGACGAUAUGAUCGUCCACAGUUCACCCACCAUCUAUUCCACCACAAGUUAGAGCAGUUACCACCAUCGUCUUCAGCAUCAUCAAAUCAACGUGACACCCUUUGCCAGAUCCAGUCGUUUAUCUUGCAACUCAACCGUUACGAAGACACCACGACUUCUUUGGCUCUCAUGAAGUUGAUCAAGAAGAAGUUCCCGAAGGAAACCCAGCUGGAAGUGAAUAAGAUGGAACAUCGAUCAGGCAAGACAUGGACGCUGCCAGAACUUCUUGAUGGAUUGAACGAAGUUAUCGAGGAAUACGAGAAGUUGGACGACUACAAUCCAGUCAAACCUUCUUCAGAAUUCAAUAUCAAUCCUGUUGCCACGACCCGCUCCAGAACACCAUCACCGGAGCCUUGGUACGACCCAAGCACGUGUUGUUUCUGCUAUUCACGUAAUCAUGCCUCAACACGCUGCCAUUAUCACAUGUUUCCAAUGUGUCGUCGCGCUGUUGUCAAUGCCCUACGUCUGUGUUGGAAAUGCCUUCGACAAGGACAUGUCAGCAGUACCUGUGACCGUUCCAAUUGUCCUCGUUGCAACGGUUCUCACCAUCGCCUUCUUUGCACUCACUCCAGCAGAAGGAAUUCCUACUCCCCCGUUCGAGGAAGGAAUUAUCAAUCAAGUCGUUCUCGCUCUACCUCGAGGAGCUCGUCACGUAGUUACAUGAGAAGUCCAUCCAGCGAAAGGAGAUCAUCGCGUUCACCAUUCCGUUCUAGUCCCUAUUCCUCAAGACAUUCCUAUGACAGAAGUCCAACAUCGCGUCAUGGAAGGUCAUACAGGACUGAACGUUCGCAACACCAUACUGUUCGCUUCAGAUCUCCAGUACGUGAAGAUAUCUCUCCUCACAGAGACGCUAAUAGACGAGACCGUACUUCACAUCAGGAUUCUCCUGUUUAUGUUGCGACGAACUCAGACGACGAAUACGACGAACUCAUACGCCAUCUGAAAGACCGUCUGAGACGCAACCUCAUGACAGUAGAAGCCUCCAUUGUCGAUGCGCAGAAGAAGACUCCUGUUCCAGUAAUCCUUCUCCUCGACACUGGUGCACAAAGAAGUUUCGUUUCACAGGAUGCUGUCACUAAAUUCCAUAUCGAGGUUUCACAUAUUACUCCGCUUACGACCGUUUCAUUCGGAGCAAUAAGUACAACAGAGCCAUCGGGUAUGGCAGAUGUCCGACUUAUCGACGACCAAGGAAGAAAACUUCAACUUAUUCUGCGUACCAAAGAGCAACUUACAACUCCAUGCUCACCUGUCCGACUUUCACAACAGGACAAAGAAUUCCUUCAGUCGCUCGAUAUUCGGCUCGAUUCUCUCACCUUUGUCGCACAUUUAGCCAACAAGAUCAAGGCUACUCUGAACAUCUUUGAUGCGACACAGUUCCGCCUGAGUAAGGAUAUCUCUGCCUCAGAAUACACUGCUGCCGAAACUCUCCUUCUCAAGGAACAUUACCGAGAAAGCGAAAUGCUUCUUAACCGUAUGCCACUCCAUCGAUUCAAUGCCCACCGUUCGUCAGACGGACUUAUUCGUUGUCCGCAUCGCAUGGAGCAUGCAUACAGUUCAUCGUCUUCAGCUGUACUUCUAAUUCCGUCUCAUCCCUUAACCACCCUUAUUGUACGCCAUGUCCAUGUUUCCCAAUUCCAUUCGGGAGUUCAUGCCACUAUUGCCACACUUCGACGUUCCUACUAUAUUCCAUCUUCAGGAACACCGUGGCCAAAAUCUUACGACUUUGCGUUAUCUGCAAGAAGACGAAUGGAUUGCCCUAUCGAUACCCGGAAAUGCCUAGUCUUCCACCGGAGAAGAGUUCGAAGAUCACGACCUUUCCAGAAUAUCGGUUUGGAUUACCUUGGUCCUUUUCGAUACAAGGACACCUUUACCACCUCGUCCAAGCUAUGGAUUUCUCUGUUCACCUGUAUGUCAACCAGAGCUAUCCAUUUGGAGAUCGUAUUGGACAAUACUGCCCAAGAGUUUCUGUUAGCACUUCGACGAUUCAUCGCCCGAAGAGGCUCUCCAGACCUCAUCCUCACGUUCAAUAUCGAUUACGACGUUAUGGAACGGAUGGAUGCGUCAACGACAACAUCAAUGGACACCACUCCAUCCACGACUACUUCGACGAUGCAAGUAAGGCCUACCAUUACAACGUCUUCAGUCUCUUGUACCAUGUCGUCAGCAUCUUCUCGGGAUUAUGAUCCUUUAUUGCUGUCUGCUAUUGCCCAGUUGCAAGGAAUUUCUCAUGCUGUUCCUUCGAAUCAAGUUGGCUAUCGCCCCAUGUUCCACCCGCGACAUACUGAUCCGACGAAUGCUGCACCAUCCCGUCGUCCUACUCGGAUUCGGACGCCCCAGGAAAUCAUUUCUGAAUUCGCGAAAGGCAAUUUCGAUGUUUCGGAUGUUUCGCUUGCAGCUGAUGACCUUUCUCAGGAUCAGAGCCUUCCACCAUCAGAAAGGCUAUCAUUGCAGAUUGCUCAGUCGCUGACCAUUGCAGCCAACUUCGACUAUACGUUCAGCAUCGAGCAGCUCGCUACAAGAGAUCUCGUCAUGGUAGAUGCUUUUCUACGACACGCGUUUUACGCCACACUUCGCGAUUGGAUUGUUGAAGAAUCCAUUGUGCCGACUCCAGGAGACAUCGACUAUCCGCCUGCUCAGGAAUAUUCCAUCUGUUUAAUCGUGCAGGCCUACAAAGGACUCCAUUCGGCCAAUGAAAAGAUGCGACAGCUUACGAACGACUUGGCCGGACACCCUGAAUAUUGGAAAUCGGAGCAACAACUUGUCCAGCUAUACGAGCAGUAUCUGACGCUGUUCUACAACAUCCAGACGCACAGGAAUACCCUCACUGAUCUGAUCAUUUCUCGAGUCCUCAACCCCAUCGAGGAUAAUAAGCGAUUUGUCGAUAUUCUGAACUAUUACGCUGUUACGUUUGCAGAUAUCAAGCUACUUUGUGCGACAGCUUCUGCAGAGACAGCCACAGCUAUUCUCAAUCUGAAGAAGAUCAAUUCGGCAAUCGCACGUCUUCAUGGUUUGACAAUGCUGCAGUUAUCACCUGCCGAAGCUAUGCAGGUCGACGAUAUUCCAACUGUUCGUCACGCAGCUACUUCACCUAUUCCUACUUUGUCUUCAGCUACCUCUUCUACCCAAACUCCUAUUCCUUCCUACUCUACGGUUGGCCAAUCUACUCAGACGCCAGCACAAGACGAGCCACUCUAUUCAGUUACUUUGUCGACUAGAGCUCGUUCACCAUCUGUCGAAUCUAGAAGAACUACUCGUACUGCCCGACGAAGCCACUCUCGUCGCUCUUCUCCAAUCAGAGUCGACAUGCGUUCCAGACGACGAACCUCACGCAGUUCUGAAAGAAGAUCGGAACGUUCGACUUCGACUAUCACAUGCAGCUUCUGUCACGCUGCCCAUUAUUCUUCAGACUGUUCCACCAUCAGAAGUCUGACUGAGAGAGCCCUGAGAGCAGUUGCCGAAGGACGUUGCCUCUACUGCCUCUAUAUUCACGCGCCAGGCUAUUGUCGUCGCGAUAUAAGAUGCCGAGUGUGCGACGCUAACGACCAUCAUCCAGCACUUUGUCCCCAUAGUCACUAUCUUGAAAGGGACAUCGGCUCAAAUUCUCGAUCAUUCUUCGACGCCAUGUACGUCCUGUACGAGAACUACUAUAUUCGUCAUCCACGGUUCUAG